UGUGAGGCAUAAGCAGUGUGCUUUCUACAUUAUUUUUCUACCAAAUAACUACGAAAAAUGGGAAAAUGAUGAAAAUGCCUACGCCAAGUACCGACAGCGUGAAAGUGGCGGUGCGCGCGCGGCCUUUCAGCCAGAGAGAGAAGAAUUCUGGGAGCAAAUGUGUGAUUUCCAUGCAUUCAGGGACCACCACUAUACAAGACCCUAAGAAUCCAGAACAUGUGAAGACAUUUACGUUUGACCUGGCAUAUUGGUCUCACAGUGGAUUUCAGAUGGAUAAAGAUGGUGUGUUUAUUUCAGCUGAUCCUAAUAGUAAAUUUGCAAGCCAGAGCGACGUUUUCCACGACCUCGGCAGGGCAGUGCUGGACAGUGCCUGGCAAGGCUACAACGCCACUCUGCUGGCCUAUGGCCAAACUGGCUCUGGGAAAAGCUAUUCCAUGAUGGGGUCUGGUGCCAACAAGGGCCUUGUUCCCAGGGUGUGUGAAGAGCUCUUUCAAGCAACUGAGACUCAGGAGAGAAAUCAAGAACAUCAGGUUACAUUCAGUAUGCUGGAAAUUUACAACGAACAGGUAAGAGAUUUGCUAUCUAGAACCAAGAAACCUGGAGGGCUAAAAGUGAGGGAAGAUCAACAGCUGGGCUUUUAUGUGGAGGGUCUGACGUCAGUGCCUUGCGAGAACUAUGUGCAGAUUGAAAGGCUGAUGGAACAAGGGACAAAGAUAAGGACCACGGCUUCGACCAGCAUGAAUGCCAGCAGCAGCAGGUCUCACAUGGUCAUCACCAUUCAGUUCAAGCAGGCAUUUCCAGACAGAGGCCUCACCAAACAGUCCAGUAUUAAUUUGGUGGAUUUGGCAGGAAGUGAAAGGCAGAAAUCUUCAGGUUCCGAAGGAGACAGACUGAGAGAAGGAUCACGAGUUAACUUAAGUUUGACCAACUUAGGAAAUGUUAUCAGUGCUCUGGCCGACGCAGCCAUGGGGAAGAAAGUCUUGCAUGUUCCCUACAGAGAUUCUGUUUUGACCAAACUGCUGCAGUCUGCCCUGGGCGGGAACAGCAGAACCACUUUGAUCGCGGCCAUAAGUCCAGCUGACAUCUGCUACGAGGAAACUUUAUCGACAUUAAGAUAUGCUGAAAGGUACAUUUAUGAAAACUUCUUAUCUUCCGCUCCCCCACUCCUGCCGAGAGCCCCCACGGCCCCACCUAGCACGGAGCCGAGGCUUCCUGCAGCCUCACCUUCGACGCCCGCUACCUGCUGCUUAAAUCCCUCCCUCCCCGCAGAGCAGUCGGCCCACUCGCGGGCAGAGCACGGGCUGCGCACGGAUCAGCUGACCUGGGCGCACCAGCUGGAGCAGGCUCGGGAGGAGUGGCGGCAGCACUACGUGGCCAUCGCCCAGGAGCGGCAGAUGAUGAAGACCGUCCCCCACCUCCUCAACGUCAACGAGGACCCGCAGCUCACCGGGGUCCUCAAGCACUUCCUCCAGGCUGGCUCAUGUGAUGCUGGUCGAGCUGCUUCAAAUGCCAUCAGUCUUCAAGGUCUGGGAAUUUCGGAUAAACACGCUUCCUUCACAAAUUCAGAUGGUAAAGUGACAGUCACUCCACAUGGCAAAUGCAAGGUUGUUGUUAACGGGGUGCCCAUCGCCACCAAGACGAAGCUGCAACAUUUGGACCGCAUCAUCCUGGGAUCCAACAGCGCCUACCUCUACGUCGGGUUUCCUUGGGAGCGAGGCGGCGAGGACUUGAGCAGGUUCGACUACGACUUUUUCCAGCUGGAGAGAGCGGCUGCGGAGGGAGUGAGUGUGGACCAGCUGGGCGCUGGGGACAGAGGAGAAGGGAAAGCGGAUCCCAGUGUCCUGGUUGUGUUCCAGGACUACGUCAAACUGAUGCCACUAGUUGCAGAAGCAAAUCAAAUGAGCGAGGAGCUGAAGAAGGAACUUAAAAUGGAAUUGAAAGUGAAGAAUUUAGCGUCAUCAGAUUCCAGGGGCUGUGACCUACAAAAAGAGGUCAUGGUGAAAGUGACCAACCAAAGGACUCACGAGGUGUGGAUUUGGUCCAAAGCCAAGUUUAUCAAUAGGAAAUUCCUAAUGGAGGAACUUUACCAGCGCUUUCUAGAUGGAGAAGACAGCCAUGUGGUUCAGGAAGAUGACCCAUUCUGGGAUCCUGUCCAGGUCGUCCACUUGGGCUCUGCUCACAUCUGGCUCCAGCCGCUUGCCUACUGCAUGAAAUUCGAGGAGCAGGCGGAGUUUCUGAACUGCGACGGCCUGGAGGAGGCAGUGCUGCAUAUCCACAUAACCCCCUGCUCCCCGGCAGGACGAGCCUGUGGUGAGGAAGAUGUGGUUAUUGACCCUUUGGAGCUGCUGGGCAAGAGGAUGGAUUUCCAGAUUCGCAUUGUGCGGUGCCUUGGCGCCAAGUGGCUAAAGGAAGAUGCAGAGCGGGGCAUUCAGAUGGGGUACAGAAUUUAUAACCUUCCAUAUACUUUAUAUACCAAGCCUGUGUGGAAGAUUAUGAAUCCCCAAAUCGAAGAGUCUGUCCAAUUUACAGCCCUAAAUGCAUCUCAGGAGUUUCUGAAUUAUUUACAGACAAAUGCUCUCAUUGUUGACUUAUGGGGUCUUCAAGAAGGCUGUACCGAACUGAGCUGCUCUCAGCUGGACCUCCUGGUCACAGAUGAAGGCCACAUCAUGGUGGACACCAAGAAAAUUUCCACGGUGAUAGAUAUAGGCCAGACUGCAUCAGCCCAGAUGUCAGAACUUUAUCUGAAGCUGCUCAGAUUAGAACAGGAGACGGGAAUGCUCAGAAGCAUUAACAGAGCUCUCAGCGAGGAAAAUGUGCUUCUCAAAGAAUCACUGGAAAAAACUGGUUCUGCACAUCAGCCUUCCAGUACCCUGAAGAUAACUGGGAUGACAGCGCCGUCGCCAGCAGCCAGAGAGCUUGAUCAAGCGUGCACUCAGCGAGCCAGCUACGACAGAGAAUUUGCCAAAGCUCUUAAGGGGUUCUACCAAAGCAUGAAUGUGGCAAGAGGGAAGUUUCUCAAACUGAGAUGUCAUAAGCCUCCCGAAGAUGAUCAAAUGCUUCGACCAUUUGUACACCAACAGUCACAAAUGUUAAAGGACUUUGGGGAGCUACUUGAAUCCAGCUUGUGGAAACUGAAAAAUGAUGUAGCUCUUAUAGUGAAAAAGAAGAGAGAAUGUUUAUUGCACAGCGAAUAAUGAGGAUACACCAAAGGAAAACGCUGAGCUUUGAGCUGUGAAGAUUACUCGGGCUGCUGCUGAGCCUAAUGAACUUGGCUAUCAGAGCUGAAGUGUGGACGCCGCAUGUUCAAUCCAUUUCCCAAUUACUCAAUCUAUUUCCUCUACCAUUUUAAAGCAAAACUCUUCCUCAUUUGAUUUAAAAUGCAAAAAUGCACCCACGUCCAGGGUGAAG